AUGCAAUAAAAUAACCGUGUUAUUUAUGAGUUGGAGGACGACGAGGAUAUAAAGUAGGCCCCUUUCCCAAAGUCUUAAGCGAUAAAGAUCGAUAGAAAAUUAGGUGCAGUGGCAUAUUUAAAAUGGGGAACUCUUUACAAUUACUUCUUUUCGUUCGAUUUGAGGAAGGGUAGGAUAUUGUGUUACAAAACCUAAUAAUCCAAUAGUUAUAACAAUUAUUAUUCUUUGAAUAAGGGUGACUUUGUUAGAGAUGAAGCUGAUAUCUAAAAAUGUGAAUAAUCUUUGAGAAAGAAAAAAAAUUAUUAGCAAGCUAAUGAUUAGAAAUCAGUGAUCUAUGUGAGGACAGCAAAAGGAAGAGUAUUUAAGUUGAUGAUUGAUGAAAACGAAAAUUACGACAAGAUUUUAGGAUAUUUGCAAAUUUGUUUCUCUUCGAAAAUGCAAAACGUCAAAGCCUUUUAUGCACUCUUGGGAAUUCGGACUUGUGAAAAUAGACGGGAACGAAUUCAAGUUGACUACAGGAGUGGUUGUGUCUUUGAAUGA